CUACAGGAUGCUAACAGUAACUGCAACCACGCAGACAACGAUGUCACUUCCUGUCCAGCUGAGGCCCCACCAGUGUUCAGCUUUGAAGGGACCCCUCAGAAAAACGAAUCUGUGGUUAUUCAAGGAAACAACAACAACCCGGCCACUGAGAAGCUGGAAAGAGUCCGCAAGUGGAGCAUCACCAGAUACAAGUGCGCAAGGCAGGCUCUUUCGGAGAAACUGGGUCGUGGUUCUCGGACCGUGGAUCUGGACCUGGAGCCUCGGCUGGAGCUUCUGAAGGACGACCGGCAGCGCUACGAUCACAUGACCAAGCUCGCUCAGACGCUGGCCAAUCAGCUCACUCAGUUCUCCGUUACCCAGAAGACACUGGGGGACGCCUUCGCCGAUCUCAGCGUCAAAACACCGACGCUGCACGUGGAGUUCGGUCUGAACGCCGAAGCUCAGAGGUUUCUGUCGAAGAGCAACGAGACGCUGACGACGGCCGUGAACGUUUUCACCUCCGACAUGAACACGCUGGUGAACAAAACCAUCGAGGACACCAUGAUCAACGCCAAGCAGUACGAGGCCGGCAGGAUCCAGUACGAUGCGUACCGUGUGGAUCUGGAGGAGCUGAACCUCGGACCCCGAGACCCCGAAACUCUUCCCAAACUGGAGCAGGCGCAGAGAGACUUCCAGAGCCAGAGGGAACAGUACCAGAGGAUCAGAGAGGACCUGUCCGUCAAAGUCAAGCUGCUGCAGGAGAACAAGGUGAAGGUCCUCCACCAGCAGCUGUUUCUGCUUCACACCGCCGUCGCCGCUCACAGUUUAUCGUGUCAGAAUUUCCUGCAAAAAAACGUCCAGCAGGUCAGUGAACGCCUCACGAGCCCAGCUGUCGACGCUCCGUCCUGGUUGGAGGAGAGUUGACGACACUAAAAAGAAUCAGCCUCGAGUUCGGAUGUUUUUGGGAUUAAUGGACUGAAGACGCUCGGUCAGGUUGGGUUUAUUUAUACAGGAAGUAGAGGUUGGGUUUGAUUUCAGGCGAGUGUUUGCUACAGUAAUGGGGAAGUUAAAUAGAUUAGAAGUUAAUUAAAUAUUAUAAAUGUUGACUGAGUUUAUUCAGGUUUAAAAAGGCUUGAAAAAUAUGUAAUUGUUAUUUUUUUCUGCUCUAAAAGUGUCUAAAAUCAUUAUUCUGGUAUUUUUCUAAAAUACAACAAAAUAAAAUAACGCUAAAAAUAUAUUUAAAUAAUCAGCAAAUCAGAGGUUAGUCAUCAAUUUAAAAAAAAAAAAAAGAUUACAGAAAAUGUAUCAGGAUUAUUAUUUAUGUCAUUGAUAAAAUAAAGUAAAAAAUAAGGGAAAUAAUGUAAAAUGAAAUAUCUAAUGACCAAAUAGGACUCCAUCCAUUUUGUCUGCAUCAUUAUUAUAUCCACCCGUUCUUCCCCAAACUGUAUUUCCAAUUCUUAUGUUUAUUUUUUCCACUUCAUAUAUUUCAUUCAAAGCUCCUUCCAUUUUGAGUUGAUUAAGUUAUAACCUUCAAUAUAUGAAAUGCUUGCUACAAGGAAUGAGUGAGAUGUCUCUAAUUUCCCAAUCAGUCGGCUAAUAAUUGGGUUUUUAUCUAGAGACAUAUUUGAUAUAAUAGAUAUGAACCCGACGCCUCUAGACGAAUUGUUUGUGUACUUCAUAUAUUUUUCCACAGACUUGCAGUUUUCUGAACUCUGUCUCCGUGUGUUUGGAGUAAAUCUAUAAUCCUGAGCGGCACUAAGCUUUCCUUUGAACUCCAAAUCCUCCGCAGUCAGAAACUCUCAGCCUCUGAAACGGCUGGAAAACAUUUCUACCGCUUCCUGUGGAUCAAAAACUGCUCAUUCAUAACCGGAAGCUAUUUCACUAAAAAGCUCAGAAUCUGGUUCAUCUGAGAGCCGGUGCUUUGUUCUGGGUCAGAGAUUAGAUGUGACGUAAAAGAAGCGAGUCUAUCGGUCCAUGCUCAACAAAGAGAGGUGCGGGAAUGAGUCCUAAAACCCUCAAAUUAGUCAGCAUACCAGGUUGUAAAAUGCUGAAAUUAGUCAUCAAAAAUAAGUCCUUAAACCCUGAAAUGAGUCGGCAUAAUGAGUCUUAAAACCCGGAAAUAUAUAAGCCGGCAAAAUGAGUCCUAAUACCCUGAAACGAAUCAGCUUAAUCAGCCCUAAAACCCGAUCUUCUUCUUGGUAAACUCACGAGAGGUGGAUACAGCACCAAGGGGAUCAAACAAAGGGGAUCAAACAAAGGGGAUCAAACAAAGGGGAUCAAACAAAGGGGGAUCAAACAAGGACCGAAGCAAACUAUAUAACUAUGUAAUAUACUUGAUUCUUUUUCAUUAUCAAAUGACCUUGUCCGUCCAGACGCACAUUUAAAACACGUUCUGCUGUUAUAUUCCAGUUUGAAGACGGCUGACGUACUUUUCAACAGGUGUAUUCCUUUGCCGGUUCAGUGGGGUUUAUUUGGGAGGAAAGCCGACUGACCAAUAUUUCCCUUCAACAAACGACGCAUGCAAAAACCACGCCUUUUUAAAUCCAGAUAUUUAGUGGAAAAUACUGAAUAAUUCUUCCACCUUUUUCUGUGUUUUUCUCGAGACCAAAAACACCUUUUUGAUUUACGUUGCGUUUUAAGGCGCUGUUGUAUUUAAUUGCAUCAUGAUGUCAUUAUUAUGUAUAUUUCUUUGCACACUAUCCAAAGCUAAAUCUGCCUGAAAUACUUCCUGUGAAUUCCCUCUUUGUUAGCGUGUAUAAUAAAUGUGUUUUUUGUUUGUGUGUCAACAACAAUAACUAUGCAAUGUUUGUGCAAAAGUCUUGCCUUAAAAUGUUAUUUGUUUUCCGAUGAGUGCGUCUCCUCGACCCACUUCAUUUGAAACAUCACGUUAGAGGUGAAUCCCAGCGACCUGUGAGGGGAAGUUUGGGGUUUUCCAGCCUCAGACUCAGAGCUGCUGUCCAGACUUUCCUCCAACACACUGAUCAGAAUACAGAUUUAAGAAAGCCCAUCCAAACGGAACAGACCAAAGGGUUCAAAGGGGAUUUCUGUGUGUGUUUGUUGGACGUAUAAAUGUUUAAAAAAGGACCAAAAUGUAAAUGAACUGUUUUUCUCUUGUGUGUAAUGUCAACCGAAUAAAUCUAUUUAAAGCAAACAAACUGUGGAACUGUUUAAAUACGACCAACGAGUAGAGUGAGUUUCAUAACGAUGAUGAAUCUUCUUGUGUUUUGGGAUUUCAGGUGAUUUCCACGUUUG